CUGACGAUAAAAUUUACUGAUUUCUUCAUUUCAGUUAAUAUCCCCUACGACAAAGGAUUAUCAGCAGUCCUAAGAUAUCUUGGCGAUAAAAUAGAGCAUGAAAACUGUGUAGAGGGAGUGCUUGAUUGGAUCGCACAGACUCAGUGCCGAAAUGGAGCCUCCACGCAUCCUUUCCUUCCACUUCUCACUUGGAAAGUCUUUCUAGUGCACAAUGAAAAUCCAAAAAUCUUCCAAUAUGGCCUUGAAAUUCUCAUCCACUGCACCAGCGUUGGUGAAAUGAAGAUCCAAGCUCCGGACCCACCCUCCUCAAGGGCAGAACAGCCAACUUCCCAAGAAAUAUGUGACGCAGUAAUCAACAACAGCAUCUAUUGGAAUGAAAAUACCUUGAAUCUAAUCUCAGAAUUGGCCAGAAGACAUUCAGAGCAUCUUAAAGUUCAUGAAAGGGCUCUUGCUCUUUUGGAAGCUAUUUUCUGCCCACUGAGAACAAAUGAUCUUACUCAAGAAGCACGCCUUACCUAUUGGUCGAAAUAUAGUCUCAUAUAUCGAAGUGUUUUCAAAAUGGUAUACCCUGAAUUGAUUAUUAGAGGAUUAAUGAAAGUUCAUGACGGAUUUCCAGAUAUUCUCCGAAUCGCUUUAUCGACUAUGUGGAAACUCUGCAUUGAUGAGGAAAAUUCCAAGAAGUUUUUAGAGAUGGAUGCCUUUAAAUUAGUUUAUGAUGUAAUGUAUUACUGGCCAAAACACCCCGAGAUUAUUAACCAGGGGGCACUGAGUCUAACUGCUCUUUCAUCAUCAAGGUGGAUGAUUGAGGAUAUACUUAUGCAAUAUGACAUUCCAACUUUGCUUCUGAACUCUCUUGAUACCUUCUGUCUGUAUAAUGAAAUUUGUUAUAACCUCUUCUAUACCGUCGGUUCAAUUAUAAACCACUCAGCUGAACAAGUUCUACGAUUCGUGCGUCCAGGUGCCAUAAUGAAGGAGAAAAAUCUAAUUGCCUUGAUACUGAAAGCCUACUCAAUUCACCAUGAUAACGAUAGAAUCAUAGGCACCCUUAUCAAACUCAUAAGCACUAUUAUGGCAGACGAUGCCAUCUUAGAGGCCAUUUUCAGUGCUAUUCCGACCUUGAAAGCACUUUUAACGGAGAUUUACAGUCGUUUCCACAACUGUAGAGAGUUGGGAUCCGCUGCUCAGGAAGUUCUCCAGAGGAUUCCAGUGGCUUAUAAUAUCCCUAUGGAUGCGAUUGAACCAGACAUUUUGAUUGAUUUCAAAAUGCUCUCAAUUUAA